CCCCCAGCGCCGCGCUCCGCUUCUGGCGCUCAGUCCGCGGGCCGCACCGCUGUCGCUGCCGCCGCCGUCCAGCCACCCCGAGCCCCGCGCUCCGCGCUCCGCGUCCGGUCCAGCCCAACCCGGGACCCGCCCUGAGCGCCCGGCUCGGCCGCCCGGGAAGAUGCGGCUGCUCCCGGAAUGGCUCCUCCUGCUCUUUGGCCCGUGGCUCCUUAGGAAGACGGUCAGUAGCCAGAUCGCAGAGUCCGGAAGGCCACAGUACCUAGAGCUGCGCCCGGCCAUGGCAGGAGGGGGUGCCCCCGGCCAACAGCUCCCGGCGCCCGGGUCUUCCGAUGGCCUGGGCACUGCGCGCUCCUGGAGCUGGGCCUGGCCGACUAACCACACGGGGGCGCUGGCCAGGCCGGGGGCGUCGGGCGGGCUGCCGGCGCAGCGCACCAAGAGGAAGCCAUCCAUCAAAGCGGCGCGCGCCAAAAAGAUCUUCGGCUGGGGGGACUUUUACUUCCGGGUGCACACUCUCAAGUUCUCGCUGCUGGUGACCGGCAAGAUCGUGGACCAUGUCAACGGUACCUUCAGUGUGUACUUCCGCCACAAUUCGUCCAGCCUGGGUAACCUAAGUGUCAGUAUCGUGCCACCCUCCAAGCGUGUGGAGUUCGGGGGCGUCUGGCUGCCUGGGCCUGCCCCCCACCCUCUGCAGUCUACGCUGGCACUGGAGGGAGUGCUUCCUGGACUGGGGCCCCCUUUGGGGAUGGCAGCGGCGGCGGGACCUGGGCUUGGGGGCAACCUUGGGGGCGCACUGGCGGGGCCACUCGGGGGCGCGCUGGGAGUGCCCGGGGCCAAAGAGUCACGUGCUUUCAAUUGCCACGUGGAGUAUGAGAAGACCAACCGCGCACGCAAACACCGCCCGUGCCUGUAUGACCCGUCUCAGGUGUGCUUCACCGAGCACAUGCAGAGCCAGGCAGCCUGGCUCUGUGCCAAGCCCUUUAAAGUCAUCUGUAUCUUCGUCUCUUUCCUCAGCUUUGACUACAAACUGGUGCAAAAGGUAUGCCCAGACUAUAACUUCCAGAGUGAGCAUCCCUACUUUGGAUAGCGCCCCUGUCCUGGGCCCUGAGCUUCCCACCAGAUCGCGGCUUCACCAGGUGGGACCCUUUCCUGUAUCCCGUGCUCCUGUGACUGCCCCUACUUCUUUCAUUGGAGGUAGGGUGGAGGAAAACAGCUCUCCCUGGGACUCAGCAGGC